AUGGCCGCGGCCGCGGCUUCGACUGAGCCGCUCCUCGGCGGCGAAGUUGCGGCGGACGGAGACGCGGGGGUCAUCGGCGGCGGCGGUGGCGGUGGCGACGACGACCUGCGCGAGCUCCCGGACCAGGCGCUGCAGGGGACGCUGCAGCGCAUGCAGCAGGGCGUCGACGGGGGCAUCGCCUCCCGCCUCCCCGACGGCGGCAGGAUAUACCGCCUGAGGCUCCUCGCCAUCCGCCGCGAGCUCGAGCGCCGCCAAGCUGCUGCUGCGCUCUCGGCACCGCCCCCGCCGUCGUCCUCCUCGCAGCACCUGCCACCGGGCCAAGGCGAGCAGACGAUAGACACAGCUGCAUGUCCAUCAGAGCCACCGCCGGAUGUGCACCUCAUCAAAACAGGGCCCUGUGAAGACUCACCGUUGCCAGCUCCUGAAGCUGCUGAUGAUUUGGAGACCACACCACUCUCCGGCGACCACCCCUUCUUCACCAUCAUCCUGUCCAGAUCACAAGUUCAGAAGAAGUUUCAGCUGUGCAUUCCAGGUCGCUUCCACAAGCACCUCUCCAAGGCGUGCACAGCCGCCACCCUCAUCUGCCGUGGGAAGUCAUGGCCCAUGAGCUACCGCGGUGACCUGAAGGUGAAAAAGCUUGAUGCAGAUUGGAUGGACUUCGCUGUCGACAACCAGCUGCAGGUCAAUGACGCUUGUGUCUUCGAGCUGGUGACUAGCACCAAAGAGGAGGUGGUGUUCCAUAUGCAGAUACUCCGCGGCGGCCUACCGGAGGAGAUCAUCUCCAAGGGUACCACCGCAGACAAGCCCAUUAUAGUGGACUAAAGGUAGAGUAAGGAAGUGCUUCUUCUCGGACGGGGCACAUGAGACCAGGAGCUUUUGCACGGCAUCAAAACCUCAAAUCCUCGCAUGGUCAGCUUAUUUUUGGCCAGUUUAUUGGUAGAAUGGUUUUGGAAGGUAUGCAUGUUGGAUUCUGACCUUGUAAUGACCCAGAACAAUUUCCAAUGAUAUCAGGAGCUUGCCUCCUUUUGGGGGCAAUUUUUUUAUUAUGUGCAUAACAAUUCAGUUAUUUUUAUGUAUUGUUGGGGGUUUUGUCCGGCAUGCAAGUAAUUUAUGAUAUUGUUGGGUGUUUUUGUCUGGCAUCUUGU